CUCACUCACAGUGUCAGUCCUCACUUCACUCUAGCUAUGGCGGUUUCCCCUCACCGCUUAGCUUCUCUGUGCCUCUCUUCUCUCCUCUUAACUCUGUUUCUAUGUGCAGCUGUAGCUACCUCCUCCUCUUCUUCUUCUUCUUCUUCUUCUUCUUCCUCAAAUGCCACCAAAAUAGGCCUAGGCUACAGCCUUAUCUCCAUUGAAGAAACCCCAGAUGGAGGCCUUAUAGGUCUUCUUCAAGUCAAGAAGAAAACCAAAACCUAUGGCCCUGACAUCCCCCUUCUACGGUUCUAUGUCAAGCAUGAAACUGAUAAUCGUUUGAGGGUUCACAUCACUGAUGCUAACAAGCAAAGAUGGGAAGUUCCCUACAAUCUUCUACCAAGAGAGCAACCACCAGCUUUAACUCAAACCAUUGGAAGGUUCAAGAAGAAUCCUAUUACAGUCUCAGAGUACUCUGGCUCUGAGCUUCUGUUUAGCUAUACUUCUGACCCUUUUACCUUCAAGGUGAAAAGGAAGUCAAAUGGUGAGACCCUUUUUGAUUCUAGCUCAGGUGAUUCAGACCCUUUUAGCUCCCUGGUUUUCAAGGACCAGUACCUUGAGAUUUCCACCAAAUUGCCUAAAGAUGCUUCCUUGUAUGGUUUGGGAGAGAACACACAGCCUCAUGGGAUUAAGUUGUAUCCCCAUGAUCCUUACACUUUGUAUACCACUGAUAUAUCAGCUAUUAAUCUCAAUGCUGAUCUGUAUGGAUCACACCCUAUGUACAUGGAUCUUAGAAAUGCAGGUGGUAAAGCUUCUGCACAUGCUGUUUUGUUGCUCAAUAGCAAUGGAAUGGAUGUUUUUUACACAGGAACCUCUUUGACAUACAAGGUUAUUGGAGGUGUAUUUGAUUUUUACUUCUUUUCUGGUCCUUCGCCUUUGAGUGUUGUUGAUCAGUACACUUCUUUGAUUGGAAGACCAGCUCCAAUGCCUUACUGGGCUUUUGGUUUCCACCAAUGCAGAUGGGGAUAUCACAACUUAUCAGUGGUAGAAGAUGUUGUGGAGAGUUACAAGAAGGCUCAAAUCCCACUUGAUGUGAUCUGGAACGAUGAUGAUCACAUGGAUGGACACAAGGACUUCACUCUCAACCCAAACAACUACCCUCGUCCAAAGCUUUUGAACUUCCUCAACAAGAUACACAGUAUUGGCAUGAAAUACAUUGUCAUUAUUGACCCCGGAAUUGGUGUUAACUCCAGUUAUGGUGUAUACACGAGGGGAUUAGCUAAUGAUGUAUUUAUCAAGUAUGAAGGUGAACCUUACUUGGCUCAAGUUUGGCCAGGGGCAGUUAACUUCCCUGAUUUUCUCAAUCCAAAGACAGUUUCUUGGUGGGGUGAUGAAAUCCGUCGCUUCCAUGAACUCGUUCCUGUUGAUGGCCUAUGGAUUGAUAUGAAUGAAGCUUCAAAUUUCUGUUCUGGAAAGUGCAAAAUUCCUAAGGGAAAGGUGUGCCCUAGUGGAACAGGACCUGGAUGGGUAUGUUGCCUGGACUGCAAGAACAUUACCAAAACCCGGUGGGACGAUCCUCCCUACAAAAUAAACGCCUCAGGAAUACAAGCUCCUAUUGGAUACAAGACAAUAGCCACCAGUGCAGUCCACUACAACGGCGUUUUGGAGUAUGAUGCUCACAGCAUUUAUGGUUUCUCUCAAUCCGUUGCAACUCACAAGGGGCUUCUAGGCCUUGAAGGCAAAAGGCCUUUUAUUUUGUCGCGCUCAACUUAUGUUGGUUCAGGCAAAUAUGCUGCACAUUGGACUGGUGACAAUCAGGGAACAUGGGAGAAUUUGAGGUACUCAAUAUCCACUAUGAUUAAUUUUGGUAUCUUUGGGGUCCCAAUGGUUGGCUCAGAUAUAUGUGGGUUCUAUCCACAACCUACUGAAGAACUAUGCAAUAGAUGGAUUGAAGUUGGUGCUUUCUACCCCUUCUCAAGGGAUCAUGCAAACUACUACUCCCCUAGACAAGAGCUUUACCAAUGGGAAUCCGUAGCUCAGUCUGCUAGAAAUGCUUUGGGUAUAAGAUACAAGAUACUCCCAUAUCUUUACACCUUGAGCUAUGAGGCUCAUGUUAGUGGAGCCCCAAUUGCAAGACCUCUUUUCUUCUCGUUUCCAACAUACACUGAAUGCUAUGGCCUUAGCACCCAGUUCUUGCUGGGAAGCAGUCUCAUGAUUUCUCCAGUGCUUGAGCAGGGAAAAACACAGGUGAAAGCACUCUUCCCUCCUGGUAGCUGGUACAGCUUGCUUGAUUGGACCCAUGCUAUUACAUCAAAGGAUGGAAUCUAUGUUACUCUUGAUGCUCCUCUGCACGUGGUGAAUGUGCAUUUAUAUCAGAAUACCAUUCUUCCAAUGCAACAGGGUGGAUUGAUAUCUAAGGAUGCUAGAAUGACACCCUUCAGCCUCAUCGUAACUUUCCCAUCUGGGGCAGCCGAAGGGGAAGCGAAAGGGAAUCUUUUCCUUGAUGAAGAUGAACUACCAGAGAUGAAGCUUGGAAAUGGCUAUUCUACCUACAUUGAUCUCUAUGCAACUGUCAAACAAGGUGGUGUGAAAGUUUGGUCAGAUGUUCAAGAGGGUAAGUUUGCAUUGGGUAAAGGUUGGGUUAUUGAAUCCAUAUCUGUGUUGGGGUUGGCUGGAAGUGGAGCAGUGUCUGCACUUGAGAUAAAUGGAAUGCCAAUAAUGGGUAUCUCUGAUGUGAAAAUUAGUACAUCUGAACAUAAGCACUUGGAUGGUCAGGCAAAUGGAGAAAGUAAGACCGUGAUGGUAGCGCUGAAAGGCUUGAACAUCCCUCUAGGGAAAAACUUUGCAAUGACCUGGAGCAUGGGAUGAUGAUAGGUUGAGAUUGUCUCUAUCAUGAAUUUGUAACUUUCUUGUGUCCUUUUUGUUUUCUACAAUUCUUGUAGCAGUUGUGAGGGAGAGAGAUGAGCUAGAAUUAUGUUAUGCUCGUCCUUUUUCAUUUUAGCAAGCCAAGGCAACAAGCCUUGUGAGGUGAAAUCUGAAAGUUGUUGUAGUCUUUAGGUGCCUGAACUGAAACUUCUUGUCAUUCCAGUGAUUUAGGAUUAUUCCUUCCAUACAACUGUUGUAAUCCUACAUCCUCCAAUCUUCCCAAUAAUAAAGCAAACAUAUUUAGUAUAUAAA